AGGAGGAAAAGUUUCUUUGACAUCUAGGAAAUGAGUAACUCUGCAAUCCUCUAGAGCCCGGCGGAUGGGGGCCAGAAGGCGGGAUCCGGCCGAGGUAUCGCCGCCCCCGUCCCUCUAAUUGUCGGGCGGGAAGCUCAGCCGCAGCGGCGGCCAGCCAACGGAUUCCGGGGCCCCCGAGACCCGCGAGCGCAGCCGGGACUCGCGCGAUCCCUCCCGCCUCCGGGAGCGGGAACCGAAGCCGAAGCCCCGCGCGGCGGCAGCGCCUCCUCCCGGCCCACCGAACCGCGAUGCCGGAAGCGGGACCACGUUGUUGUUUCUACCGCCCCGAAGAUCCGUUACUUUGGACCGUGUGAGCAGAGCUCUGGAGCUGAAAGAGUAGUCGAGUCGCCCUGCUUCUUAGCCAGCUCCCUUCCAUCCUUCCUUCCCCCUCCUGGAAGGAGAAAGUAGGAAAGCUACCGCCAUGGCCCUGGGGCUUUUCCGGGUGUGCCUAGUUGUGGUGACGGCCAUCAUCAACCACCCGCUGCUGUUCCCGCGAGAGAACGCCACGGUCCCUGAGAACGAGGAGGAGAUCAUCCGUCAGAUGCAGGCGCACCAGGAGAAGAUGCAGCUGGAGCAGCUGCGCCUAGAGGAGGAGAUGGCGCGGCUGGCGGCUGACAAGGAGGCCGAGGAGGCGGCACUGGAGCAGGUGGCAGAGGAGGGCCAGCAGCAGAAUGAGAGCCGCACCGCCUGGGACCUGUGGAGUACUCUCUGCAUGAUCCUCUUCCUGGUGAUCGAGGUGUGGCGGCAAGACCACCAGGACGCGCCCUCGCCCGAGUGCCUGGGUUCGGAUGAGGACGAGCUGCCCGACCUGGAGGGCGCCCCGCUCCGGGGCCUCACCCUGCCCAACAGGGCCACGCUCGACCACUUCUACGAGCGCUGCAUCCGGGGAGCCACAGCUGACGCCGCCCGCACCCGGGAGUUUGUGGAAGGCUUCGUGGAUGACUUGCUGGAAGCCCUGAGGAGCCUGUGCAGCCGGGACUCGGACAUGGAGGUGGAGGACUUCAUCGGCGUGGACAGCAUGUACGAGAACUGGCAGGUGAACAAGCCUCUGCUGUGCGACCUCUUCGUACCCUUCAUGCCCCCGGAGCCCUACCACUUUCACCCAGAGCUCUGGUGCUCUAGCCGCUCUGUGCCUUUGGAUCGCCAGGGCUAUGGCCAGAUCAAGGUGGUCCGGGCCGACGAGGACACGCUGGGCUGUAUCUGCGGCAAGACCAAGCUUGGAGAAGACAUGCUGUGUCUCCUCCACGGCAGGAACAACGUGGUGCACCACGGCAGCAAGGCGGCAGACCCGCUAUGCGCCCCCAACUCCCCGUACCUGGACACCAUGCGCGUCAUGAAGUGGUUCCAGACCGCCCUAACCAGAGCCUGGCACCGCAUCGAGCACAAGUAUGAGUUCGACCUGGCCUUUGGCCAGCUGGACACCCCGGGGUCCCUCAAGAUCAAGUUCCGCUCGGGGAAGUUCAUGCCCUUCAACCUGAUUCCCGUGAUCCAGUGUGACGACUCCGAUCUGUACUUCGUCUCCCACCUUGCCCGGGAGCCUGGCGGGGGUACCCGGGCAUCCAGCACCGAUUGGCUUCUCUCCUUCGCUGUCUAUGAGCGCCACUUCCUCAGGGUAACCUCGAAGGCGCUGCCCGAGGGCGCCUGCCACCUCAGCUGCUUGCAGAUCGCCUCCUUCCUGCUCUCCAAGCAGAACCGCCUGACCGGCCCCAGCGGGUUGGGCAACUACCACCUGAAGACCGCCCUUCUGCACCUCUUGCUCGCCCGGCGGCCUGCCGACUGGAAAGCCGAGCAGCUCGACGCUCGUCUCCACGAAUUGCUCUGCUUCUUGGAGAAGAGCCUGCUGGAGAAGAAGCUCCAGCACUUUUUCAUCGGCAACCGCAAGGUGCCAGAGGCGAUGGGGCUCCCUGAGGCGGUGCGCAGGGCGGAGCCUCUUAACCUCUUCCGGCCCUUCGUCCUACAGCGAAGUCUCUACCGGAAGACAGUGGACUCCUUCUAUGAGAUGCUCAAGAACGCCCCAGCGCUCAUUAGCGAGUACUCCCUCCAUAUUCCCUCAGACCAUGCCAGCCUGCCCCCGAAAACUGUCAUCUUGUAGAGCAUCCACAACCCAGAGGGCCAGGACACAGGGCAUCCUUUGCAUUCACACCCCUGGGGGCAUCUGCAGGCCCUGUCCUGGGAAGACGGCAGGCUUUAUGGGGUGCCAUGGCUCAGCCCGCCGGGAAAGCCAGACCCUAUAGCACAGAGGAAAUGGAAUUCCAAGCCAAAGCUGGUUUGCGUUCAUGCCGUUGGGACUUGCCAGUUGAAGCUAUUGUCUGGGUUUAGGGGCUGAUCCUUUGCAGCUGACUUUUGGAUCACUACCAAUGACAAAGAUUAUGAUAGAAUUCCAUGGAUUCUGAGUUACGGGACAAUGCAAACAGCGAUUUGGGUGUGAUUCUUUUUAUAUCCCAGGUCCAGUCUUUACUUGAAUAUCAACAAAGGAUCUAUAGGAAUGUCAACAGGAACCCAGUUAAGACCCUGCACCCUGAUUUUCCGGUAACCCUUGGCCGCAGGCAUCUGCAGCCAAACAGUGGGCAUCAGUAUGGGUAUUUGCAGCAUUCAAUCCAUAGCCUGCACUAUAGGGAUCCCCACUGUGGCUGCCAUUUUUAUACUGUUUGGAGAAAAGACUUAGAUUCGCAGCCCAAGUGGCUAACGUCUCUGUUGUACAGAAGUGGGUACCUGGCAGAGAGAAGUUGAAGUUGGCCGUUGUUUCAGCUCCACGUCUCACUCAGGACUCAGGGUGCACCCAUUUCUCUCUGCCCCUUCCCCUUGGAUGCUGCGUUUUGAACCCUGUAGGGGCCAAGCUCAGUGGCUCUUCACCCUCAUUUAUCUCCACAGCUGGUCUCUCCAGCCACCAGUAUGUUGGGAGGUGGAGGCACUGAAGGUGGAAGAUGAGAGAGAAAGAAGGGCACUCACAGAGUGACUGGGACGAAGGACAGAGCCUGGUACCUGGGGUGCUGGGGUCUGGCCUUCAGAGAAGAUGCCCAGUUCAGAGAAGAUCAUAGAGAUGAAGGAUGCCAUCAUCCUGGGUUUCUCUCAGGGUUCCAUUCUUAGGGCAAAGGGUGCCUGGAAGCAAGAUCUGUUGUGGACUCCCAGCUCCCCGUGCAGACCCCCACAUUCCCUUGGUUGUUCAUUCCAGUGGGGUUCUCUCACUGCACAGAACCCCCCUUUCUGGAUGGGUUUUGCUGCCCACACAGAUGACCAGCACCCGCAGAGCCUGACAGAGGCUUGGCUGAUGGACACACGAAAACAGACUAGAGGUGCAGCCCACAGACCUCAGAGAGGGCGCCUUGGCCCUACUGGGCCGCGGCCCCCGGGCAGGCACAGCCUGCGGUCGGCGCUGGCCUCCGCCUCCAGGCCUGGCUCAGGGGGCUCGAAGCCGCUCCCUCCUCCGUUUGUGGCUUCGCUAGCCCUCUGGGAGCUCCUGUCUUGGCAUCGCUUCAGUCACCCUGCAGAGGGCCAGGCAGGAAGCAAGGAUGAGUGCUCCUUCCCCAGCACUCUCCCUCCAGUGCUGAAGCUGCCCAUACCUCCCAGACUCAUGCCUGAUGCCUUAGGGGUGUCGGGCUUACCAUGAACGAAGAAAAGAUCCUGUCUCUGCCCCAGGAGUGCUCUCAGCUAGCCUUGGAAAUUUCCAGAAGAUGGACAGUUUGCCUGACAGGGUUAAUUCACAGUGGUUGGCUCAGCUGUGAUGAAGCAUUACAGACUGUAGGAAGCUGUAGGAAGCUUUCCAUGUGAGCUGGGGUUAGAGUGAGCAGCGCCUGGGCUUGCCCCUCCCCAGGCCCACAUGGUCUCCAGCAAUAACCCUAAGCACCCAUUCUGUGGGGAUUCAUUUCCAGAGUUGGGGUGAAUUUCCUUAUUUAUUGUCACCCAUGCCUUUUCUUUCUGAUCUUCAUCCUCAUCUGAUGUACUUUGAAGAGACCCCAGUGACCAAGAACCAGUCUCCUUAAGCCAAGAUCAAGCCUCAGUCUCCCCCAGCUUCCCCUUUGCUUCCAGAAGAAAAUUCACCGAAAAAUUACCUUCUGGCCUCUUGUUUAUACAGAGACAACAACUCAGUGGGGAAAUGGGGAUCUUUUAUGUACCAAAGCUGCUUCUGAAGCAGGAAGCAGCGGGACUCUUGGUGUUUCAUGCUGCCUUAUUUAUAUUAAAGGAAGAAUUAAAUUCUUGCAAGGAGUA